UUGCUUACUGUGUCCUUGCUGCAGGCUGACAGGACCCCGAGGAGGAGGCUGGUGAUGCUGCCUGCGCCCCGGUUCUGAGUCGGCCCUUGCUCGCUGUGCUAUGGCUCUCCAUGGCCUCGGCAGGCCCGGAGCACUAUAGCCUCGGCCUCCCACAGCGAAGUGACUUCCAGCUGCCCGGGCCGGCUGCGGGGAGGCCCCCCGGGAGCAGGGCCUGGCUCCUCGCUCAGCAGCAGGUGAAGCCCCUCUGGAAGCUGAGCAGAAAGCAUGUGAGUCCGUUCCAGGAGCACAGGCCCGUGCUCUCCGGGAUCUCGCCCCAGAGCUCCUGUUUCUGCGGGGAGGCAGUGCCCCCCAGCCCGCCCCAGCCCUUCCUGGAGCCCGCUGGGAGCCCGCUGCUCUAUCGGCGCGCGUACUUCAGGCACAAGCCCUACCAGCGCCUCGAGUCCAUCUGCCUCCGGUCCAGCGCUCCGGAGGGCCGGCAGCCUCCACUCCCAGCCAGCGGGCUCCAGGGCUGCGCCGCCACCUCGGACUGCAGCAUGGCCUCCUCGGCGGUGGAGCCCUUGCCCCGGCCCAGCGGGAAAGGGGGGAAGAGCUCUCCUUCCGGCUCAGGGAAACACGCCGCCAGCCCGUACAAGCCAGUGCUGAACAAGAACGCCUUCCUGCGGCCGCACAGCGCCAAAGUGCCUUCGCUGCAGCUCCCGGAGAGCGGGAAACUGAAGAGCAUCUCGCGCUCGCCCGCUAUAUCUUGGUCCCAUUGCGGGGGGACCGGGGAUGGCUCCCCCGCCAGUCUGGAGAACAGGUCUGGGAGAGGCAAAGGCCAUAAAGCGGAGCAAGCCACCCCCAGGCCUCUCCUGUCUCCGGUGCAGCCCCUCCGAGCCGAGCGCCCCUUGUGGCAGGGCAGGGAGACCCGGGGGCAGAGUUUAAGAGCCAAGGAGCGAGAGAUCCGGCUCACGGAAGCCGUGCGAAGGCUGAGCGGGAAGGUUAACAGCUGCAGCGACUUAGGCCGCAGAAUCGAGAGCUCCUGCCUUAUGAACACGGGCUUCCAGUACAACCUCUUCCGCAGGAGUGGGCGCUGGAGACAGCAGCUCCUCUCACAGCUGAGCCCAAAAGAAACGGUCGCCCCCUUGAAUCUGGAGCUGGGGAGCCGGUGCCUGCGCAGCGACCUGAGCCUCGCGGGCCCCGAGGGGGCCGUCUGCACCAAGCGAAUCAGCUUCCGCCUCUUAGCCUCCAGCUCUGACGCGUCAGGCCCCAGCGCCCCCUGCCGGACCGUCAACUUCCUGGCCCUGAGCGGCGGGGACCAGGCGGGGAGACCCGAGCCUGCCCACCACGCCGACGUCUCCGCAGUGGCAGCCCAGAUGUCCACCAUCCAGCUGGGCAAGGAGCCGGCGUGGGCGCAGGCCGCUCCCCCACGGGACCCAGAUGCGGCCGUCACCCUGCCCCUGCUGGACCCCGAGGAGCCUGAGGCUGAUGUAGAAGAGGAGCUCCCGGAUGGCCUGGAAGAUGGCUGCAGCCAGGACGAGGAGGAGGAAGAGGGCGAGUCGGACAGCUCCUCCGUCACAGGCCUGUCGCCCAACGGCUCCGUGGCCCUUAUCUCCAGGAAUUGUAUCGCGUGUCUGGCCCAGCCGCUCGAGGCCCCGGAGCGGAUCCUCAAACCCCCUCUCGUGUGCAGUUUGUUCCCUAAUAUGCCUCCGACCCUCUACUUCAGUACCCGGGACGAGAGAGGGGAGAAGCUGCCGUGGGAGCAGCGGAAGUUGCUGCGCUGGAAGAUGAGCACCGUCACCCCCAACAUCGUCAAGCAAACCAUCGGCAGGUCCCACUUCAAAGUCAGCAAGAAGAACAGCGACUGGUGGGGGGGCUUCCGCGCCAUCAAGGAGCAUCAGAAGCUAAACCACUUCCCUGGCUCCUUUCAAAUCGGGAGGAAGGACCGUCUGUGGCGCAACCUGUCCAAGAUGCAGACGCGCUUUGGGAAGAAGGAGUUUAACUUCUUCCCCCAGUCCUUCAUCCUGCCCCAGGACAUCAAGCUGCUGAGGAAGGCCUGGGAGGAGAGCGGCAGCCGCCAGAAGUGGAUCGUGAAGCCGCCGGCAUCUGCCAGAGGCAUCGGCAUCCAGGUCAUCCACAAAUGGAGCCAGCUGCCCAAGAGGAGGCCGCUGCUGGUGCAGAGGUACUUGCACAAGCCCUACCUCAUCAGCGGGAGCAAGUUCGACCUGAGGAUUUAUGUUUACGUCACUUGCUACAACCCCCUCAGGAUCUACUUGUUCAGAGACGGAUUAGUGCGCUUCGCCAGCUGCAAGUAUUCCUCUUCCAUGAAGAGCCUCAGCAACAAGUUCAUGCACCUGACCAACUACAGCGUGAACAAGAAGAACACGGAGUACAGGUCCAACGGGGACGAGACAGCCUGCCAGGGGCACAAGUGGGCGCUGAAGGCACUUUGGAGCUACCUGAGCCAAAAGGGGGUGAACAGCGAGGGCAGCUCCCACUCGGAGCCUCCCAGCCUGGCCUGGAGGGGCUCCCGGUGGCUCAGCUCCGCGGGCGGUGUGAGCAGAUCGGUGCGCCGCCCGCCCUGCUGCCACGAGCUCUUCGGCUUCGACGUCAUGCUGGACGAGAACCUCAAGCCCUGGAUCCUGGAAGUGAACAUCUCCCCCAGCCUCCACUCCAACUCGCUGCUGGACGUGAGCAUCAAGGGCCAGAUGAUCCGGGACCUGCUCAACCUGGCCGGCUUCGUCCUGCCCAGCGGGGACGAGGUGGCGUCCGGCACGGGCAGCGCCAGCAGCUCCUCCACCAGCGUAAGCAGCGCCACGAAGGAGAGGCCCAGCUCGUCCCCGGAGCAGCUCACGGCCGAGAAGAUGAAGCGAGCUUAUUACUUGGCCCACAUGCUGCCUGACCAGGAUUUCUACUCCUCCAUCCUGGACACCCUGACCCCAGCCGACGUGCGGGUGCUGGUGGAGACAGAGGACGAGUUUGCUCGGCGGGGGCAGUUUGAGCGGGUGUUCCCCACCCGCCUCUCCAUGCGCUACCUGCGCUUCUUCGAGCAGCCGCGCUACUUCAACAUCCUCACCGCCCAGUGGGAGCUCAAGUACUACCUGAACCGGCCCCGAGGCUUGGAUGUGCUGCGCAGCUGGUGUCACAAAGGGUACCUCAGCGGGGCAGCGAUGGACUUGGCCCAGGUGGUGAGUGUCUCCCUGGACCCCGCUGUCCCCAGGCUGCUGGCCUCGGGCCCUGCCUGUGCCUUGGGGGGUCCGGGGGGAAGCCCCCAUCUCCCCCAGAGCCUCCUCUGGUUUCCUGUCUCC